AUGCGUCAACGCGAUGCCAAGCCAGAAGACGACGGAACCACAACUUCCAGCGUCAUCCAACCUGAUAGUCGACGACGUCGCAGGGGCCAUACAGUCAAUGAAAUGUCCGACGAGCGGCUUGUGGGGAGAGCUCCAGGGAGCCAUACUGGCACUGCGGAGGAAAUACGCCGUCAAAUCACUGAUAUAAGGGUUGAGAUGGAUGCGUUGAGGGCGAGACAGCUGAUGGCAGAGUUGGCAAUGGGGAGGAGAGACGAGACGGGUGCCGAUGAUAACGAUGAUGAACCGCCGCCGGAGUACUAUGAGGAGGAGGAGUAG